UAUUUUUAAUUGGACAGCUUUUUCUUCUUGUACAUCCUAAAUAUUUUCUCCGUGAAUUUCACUUUUCCAUUUUAUUUUUGUACAGCUAUGACGUUCUUAUGUUCCAAUCAAGCUUUCUUGUAUACUGUGACAAAUGCUCUCUUGGCAUCCAGCCAUUUAUACUGCAGAUGAUGUACGAAGACUUCUGCUAAUUCAAAGAUUCAUCUCUGCAUCAUUUGUUUAUUUAAAGCCAUGUUUUGCACGCAUUUUCUACAUUCCGAAUGUUAGCGAGACAAUAGCUCGUGUUUCAGAUUUGACGCACACCGAUUGUCUACUUGUAUCUGCAUACUAAAUCCUAAAUUCCAAUAAUUCUUUAUUCGCGAGAACAACCGGUGGCGAAGGGUCGUGUUGAAAAGAAAUUUUAUGGCUGUUCUGUACAUUACCUUUGCCUGUAGCUUGUUAAAAAGUUAACUGAAGUGCAACAAUUUAACGACUGCCGUUUAAGAAAAAUCACGAUAAGUGACGGUUUUUUUUUUGUUUAAAACUGUAAAAUAUUUACAGCAUGGUUCCAAAAAGUGCGUUGAACAAAUUUGGCCUAAAAAUAAAAAUAAGAGAGUGCUUAGUGAUGUGUUAACUUAAUUCUAAUGUGUUGUGUCGGCCGGGUCACUCGAGUGACUUCUCAAAAUGAUACGAAACAUCCCAUAUUCGUCAUUUUUAGCGGAAGGUCGGGUGAUGGGGCGCCGGUUCUUUCUAACUCUGGUGAUUGGGAUUUCCGCUGGAUUUAGUUUUGCAUACAUAAUAUUAACAUCGACUGGAUUCACUCGAGAGGUUGCUUGGCAGUCCUACAGGGAUUCAGUGAGAGAUCUUGACAAGCAUCCAAUACUUAACUUUGGGGAACACAGUAGCGAUGAGCCAGCACACAAGGAUGAGGACAGAACCGUCGCAGAUGAACUGGCUAAGAAGGUCAGGGUACUUUGCUGGGUCAUGACGCAGCCCAAAAACCAUGAGGCCAAAGCGAAACACGUGAAGGCCACGUGGGGGAAGAGGUGUAACAUACUCCUGUUCAUGAGCAGUAGUGAUGAUGCGAGUCUACCCGCAGUAAAGCUACCAGUCGCUGAAGGCAGGGACUUCCUGUGGGCGAAAACGAAGGCGGCCUUCCGUUACGUGUACGAACAUCAUAGAAGAGAUGCCGACUGGUUCCUGAAAGCUGAUGAUGAUACGUAUGUGGUGGUGGAGAACCUGAGGUACAUGCUUGCUGACUUCGACAGUAAGGACCCCAUAUACUUCGGAUGCCGUUUCAAACAUUUCUCACCACAGGGCUACAUGAGCGGUGGGGCGGGCUACGUGUUGAGUCGGGAAGCUCUAGACAGGUUCGUGAACAAGGCGCUGCCGACGCCGCAGCUGUGCAACGCGGGCGAUCACGGCGCGGAAGACGCUGAGAUGGGCAAGUGUCUGGAUAAGAUCGGAGUCCGUGCGAUGGACUCCCGUGACGAGUUGCAGCGCGGCCGCUUCUUCCCCUUCGUGCCGCAGGACCACUUGUUCCCCAACAAGGAUAAGAACUUCUGGUAUUGGAACUACAUCUUCUAUCCCACUGAUGAGGGCCUGGACUGCUGUUCCGACCACGCAGUCUCCUUCCACUACGUGGGCCCCGAGCUGAUGUACGUGCUGGACUACCUCAUAUACCACCUGCGGCCUUACGGCAUCCGGUACGGCAGCGGGACCCUGCCCAAGAUCCUCAGAGGUAACGACACCAAAGAAAUUGAGAACCGUUAGGCAUUGGACGUAAUCUUCAUAUUAUUUGUGAGGUAGUCAUAUAUUUUAAAACUUGUAACUGAUAAUUGGAUUGGAGUGAGUGAUGCUUGGAUAAAUAGAGUCAAAUUUAGAAAGGAAAAAAGGAAUCAUUCUUCUGAAGCGUUUCAAGCAUCUAAAAUAAAUUAUUUAUUUUGUCUUCCCUCACUUCUAUUUUCUCGUUAACGUGUGAAACUACAACAGAAUUUGUCCGGAAUCGGUCGGAUCGGGAGAAUCGGUGAAGUAUCCUUUAUGUUAACAUUUUAAAUUGUGACGUUUGGAUUCGAUUAGGCUUUGUAAUAAGAGCUUCGGAACACAAGCUUAUGUUGUAGUUUUGAACUAAGAAAAAGACAUCGUUUUAUGGA